AAAAUAUCACCAAAUAGUUACAUUUAUUCCAUCCCAGUCCCAGUGUAAUUUAUUAAUUUUACUCAGAUCCUGUGCUAACAAAAAUGCGAGAAUAGCAUAGUACGUCCUGAAAUAAAUACUCAAUAAACCCAGUAGCUGCUGGUAGAAAACCCUGAACGAUGGCGCUUCUCAAUUUAGGAGAUGAUCCAUGGCUCUUGGAACACGAGUCAUGUGAGAAACUCCAUAGAGACAUAAUGGAGCAACUAAUGCAAAGACAAAGGUUAUCACGAAACACUGACAAGUACGCCCAUUUAUCAGCGACCAUUCGUUUACGGCUAAAGCAAUACAACAAUGAAGUGGGACAGUUGAAACAAAAGCUGGAUGUCACCACCAGAAAUGACUCCAUUACUGCUGCUGAAGCCGAAAGGAGAACACGCCAAGUAGAAAUUUUACAUUCCAAAGCUAUCCAAAUGCAGAAAAUGUUCGACGAGCAGGUGUCUACCAAAGUCCAGGAAGAUCGCAACAGACUCUUGGGGCAGAGUGGGAUGUCCACAUGGGGGCCUACACACAGCGAUGAGCAGCCUGACGUGUCAAAUUACUCAGUUAGUGAUUUGAGAGCCGAUCAAAAGAGGAUGUUGGGGGAACAAGAACAAGGGUUGGAAAGUUUGGCGCAGAUUAUUUCGCGUCAGAAAAACAUAGCACACACGAUUUCAGAUGAAGUGGAUUUACACAACGAAAUCUUGGAUGAUUUAGGGACCCACGUGGAUCGAACAGAUUCCAGAGUCAGAACCGAAACUACACAUAUCUCCGUCGUCGAAACCAAGGACAAAACUUGUAUAUACUGGGUAAUCAUCAUUUUAUUAUUCUUAAGUAUAAUUGUGGUCGCCGCGAUUUAACCCCGGUGGCAGUUUUACACAUUGUGAUUUCUAUUUUAACAAUAAGUGAUGCCAAAAAUCUUCAACUUGUAUAAUGAAGUAAAUAUUUUUUACACGUAAUAAUGUAUACAGAAAAAAAAUAAGUUACUUUAAUAAACUACCAUUUACUUUA